AUGGCGCAGCGAGAUCCUAGCCCAGACAGCUUCGCACAUGUCCAGGCCGGAGUUCUAGAGAGAGACAACGAGAAGGACGGUGGUGUACUGUGUACCGGAUCUUCAUCAAGCACAGCGGCCACUUCAACCUCACGUACCUCCCCAUCCCAGACAAAUCCUCAGACCGACGUCGAAGCCCUCCGCCACGAUGUCUCUUCCUUGAACCGCGUCCACACGUCGAAGAGCCAGCAUUCGCAAACAGUCGGCGAAGGCGCCCGUGGUGGCCUCGGUAUCUUCCGCAGCAGGUCUACGCGUUCUCGCCCACUACCAGCGUUCGGCGCAGGGAAACCGUAUCCUCCUCCUCUAGGCAACCAGGAAGACUAUGUCGUCGAGUUCGAUGGAGAAGAUGACCCGUUGCAUGCGCAGAAUUGGGCGUUGGGGAAGAAGUUGUGUACUGCGCUUAUGCUGUUCAAUGUCGGCUACGUGGUCGCUACGCUGGGCACCUCGUUGUACAUCCUAGGCUUCGCGACGGGACCCGUUCUCUGGGCGCCUUUCUCGGAGCUCAAAGGAAGGAGAUUGCCGCUUGUGGUGGCAUCGUUUGGCUUCUCGGUCUUCAACAUUGCGUGCGCGACAGCGAAGGAUUUGCAGACCAUCUUGAUCUCAGUCUUCGCCGACAUGUUCGCCAAUAGGACGCGUGGAAUAGCAAUCUGUCUGUUCAGCGUAAUGGUCUUCACAGGUCCCUUCCUCGCUCCUUUCAUCGGCGGCUUCAUAGUCAUGUCGAAUUCCUGGCGAUGGACUCAAUACCUUGUGUCCUUCAUGGGUUUCGCCUCCUUCACCCUCAUGCUCCUCUUCCUCGACGAAUCCUACCCACCCAUCAUCCUCGUCGCCAAAGCCGCCGAACUGCGCCGCCGCACGAAGAACUGGGGCAUCCACGCCAAGCAAGAAGAGAUCGAAGUUGAUUUCCGCGAACUUAUCGAGAAGAACUUUUCGAGGCCGCUUAGGAUGCUGGUUACGGAACGUAUUGUGCUGCUGCUCAGCAUCUACAUCGCUUUCAUCUACGGAUUGCUCUAUCUCUUCCUCACAGCAUACCCGAUAGUAUUCCAGGGCGUCCAUGGUAUGAACCCGGGUAUAGGUGGUCUGCCGUUCUUUGGAAUGAUCAUUGGGGAGUUGUUCGCUGGCGUGUUUAUCUUUGCGAGGCAGCCGGGGUACCAGAAGAAGCUUGCUGCUAACAACAAUGUUCCCAUCCCGGAGUGGCGGUUACCGGAGGUUAUCGUGGGUGGUGUUGCCUUUGCGGGAGGUUUAUUCUGGUUCGGAUGGACCGGAUAUCGCGCGGACAUCCACUGGAUCGUGCCUACGUGCUCUGGAUUGCUAAUCGGAUUCGGCAUCAUGAGCAUCUUUUUGCAGUCGUUCAACUAUAUCAUCGACGCUUAUCUCAUGUUCGCCGCUUCGGCGAUCGCAGCGAAUACGUUCCUUCGUAGCAUAUGGGGAGCAGCGUUUCCUCUCUUCGCGAAAGAGAUGUUCGAGGGUAUGGGCGUUGAAUGGGCUUCGACUCUACUUGGAUGUUUCGCUGCUGCGAUGAUACCUGUGCCAGUUUGGUUUUACCUCCAAGGUGCGAAGAUCAGAGGUAAGAGCGCGUAUGCGCCGACGAGUAAGCCGGCGUCCGCGCCUUCGGAGGAGUGA